UAUCAAGUCAGCGGUUGUCAUUUAAUGUUCUAUUCUGUUAGAUUCUUUAAAAUUAUUGUAGAAUAGUAUUUAGAGAUAAGUCUCUACGAUUUUAUACAACAACGUUGUAAGGUGAUAAAGUGUAAAUAAUUUGUUUAAGUAACAUAAUGAAGUUAUAAAACGAUUGCUCAAUAUAAAGUAGCGGUCUAGGUGUUAUAAUUAUAUAAACAGUGUAAAUAAAUCUCAUAAAUGUGUGAGAGAUAUCCAGGACACCUGUUUGGCACUCCUGUCAGUGGCUGGGACAGGGGGUACAAUCCAUUAGAAAAUCAAAUCCAGCAGCAAUAUCGAGGUCGUGGUGUGGGUCCGGGGGUGCGGUGCUGGGGCAGUAUGUCGGAGGGCGGCGGCGUGGCGGCCGCGGCCGACUGUAGGACCAACCUCAUCGUCAACUACUUGCCGCAAACAAUGACAGAGAAGGACCUGUAUGCAAUGUUCAUGACAAUCGGACCUAUUGAGAGUUGUCGUGUUAUGAAGGACUUUAAGACUGGUUACAGCUACGGGUUCGGCUUUGUGAACUUUACGCGGGAGGAGGACGCGGCGCGCGCUAUUGACACAUUCAACGGAUACCGACUCAGGAAUAAAAGAUUAAAGGUGUCGUACGCGCGUCCCUCCGGCGAAGACAUAAAAGACACCAAUCUAUACGUGAGCAACCUUCCCCGCGCCGUCACUGAUGAACAGUUGGAGACGAUCUUCGGCAAAUAUGGCCGCAUCGUGCAGAAACAUAUCCUGCGCGAUAAGAAUAGUGGCACGCCGCGAGGUGUAGCUUUCGUAAGGUUCGACAAGCGGGAGGAGGCGCAGGAGGCGAUAGCGGCACUCAACAACGUCAUACCUGAAGGUGGCACAGAACCUCUCAGUGUUAAGGUGGCGGAGGAGCACGGCAAGCAGAAGGCGGCUUUCUACGCGGGCUGGGCGGCUGGGUUCCAGCACAAUAGAGGUGACUUCUCCUGGAGCUGCGGCAAUUGUAUGGUACCUGAACCGUGGGAGACGUUCCAGAACCCACCAUUGGGUGGAAGUCACCCCAACACACCCAGAAAUGGUUGCAGACCGGGUGCCUGUGCUAAUACCAGGGUAUACCCAAAUUAUCCACCGAAUAAAAACACCCCCAGAACUCCGAGGCAAGUGAGGAAUCUUCCCUGGGCACCGAAUUUCCCUGAAGAUAGGUUUAAAGGUCAAAGAUGUAGAAAUGGUACUGCGCCGUACUGGUGAUGUUUGUUGUACAGUGUUGGGGUAAAGUUGCUUUAUAUUUUGGAUAGGCUAUGAAUUAUUUUCAGUACCUAUGUUGUAAUGUGUACGAUGUAUGGAAAUCUGCGUCUUUUAUGAGUUGUAUGAUUUUAUUGUAUGAAGUUUUUUUAUUGAGAUGUGGAUUGAUUGAUUUGAAUAUCGUUUAGGUUUUUUCUUAAUGUGUUUUCUGAUUUAGUUAAAAUUGUUUUUUUUUAAUUAUUUUUGCAUCGAAUGAAUUUGAUUGACUCAAUUUAUUCGGAAGAUGAAAGAAAAUUAUCUAGCUUUUAUUUAAGUUUUAGGAAUCUUGAGAUAAAAUUUUUAUACAAAGAAUAAAAUGCUAUUUCUUAUUCUAGUUUUUAUAAAAUAUAAACUAACAGUAUUGAAUCCAGGAAACGACUUCUGUCUGAGUUAUUGUGCGACUAUAUCAUUGGUUGGAGUUAUAAAUGUAUUGAUAUGUAUGGAAUGUAUGGGACGUGUAUGAAGUUGUAUGAAGUUGUAUGAAGUCAAUUAUUGUAUUAUUUUUUAAGUUGUAAAUAUUUGAAUUAG